CGACUUUAGCCACCGAAACGACGUCAUUCCGACUGCGCAUCCGUCACCGCUCAUGGCCUCCCGCGAGUCCUCGCCGCUGCUGCGGACGACCAGCGCGGCACUGAGUCCGUCGCAGAAGCUGUCAGCACCAACCGCCACCUCGGCAUUGCCUCUGUCCACGCCCGUGCGUGCCCCCGGUCACACAGAGGAGGGGUCGGCCUUCUCGUCCUUCCUGGGACUUGCAACGACUAUGACGGGAGCUUGCGUUUUGACUCUCCCGGGCGUCGUACAGGCCGUUGGACAGGUCCCCGCUCUGCUACUGUUUGCCAUGAGUGCGUGGUUAGCCUUCCACGCCUGCGAGAUACUCAGCGUGUGCUGUGACGCCGCCUGCGAGUUCUCAUACGAGGCGCUGAGCUCCCGCCUCUUCGGUGCCGCCGGCGUCUGGGCUGUUCGACUGUUGACACUCGCACUGCUAUUCGGUGCCAUCGUGAGUUACAUGGUCAUCGCUAUGGACCUGUUCGAGCCUUUCCUAGUGGACAUCAUGAGCCGCAGGACCAUCAGCCUGGUCUUCAUGCUCGUGGGCAUCCCGCUCUGCCUUCCCGAGACCAUCCAUGAGCUCCGCUUCGCCAACAUGUUAGUACUGCUGUGUCUGCUCUACAUCCUCGUGGCGCUCGGUAUCCGAACAGCUCAGAACGACCCCGAGUUUGCAGCGAAGAUCCCGAGGAAUCCAGCAGACGAGUUUAACUCAGAGCUCGCAGCACUCGCAUACGCACUCCCCAUCGUCACAUUGAGUUUCGUGUGUCAACUCAAUGUCCCGCGUGCUUACCAGGAGAUCCACGACAAGACGCAGAUGACACACGUGCACAAGGCGCUCGUGUGGUGGGGUCUCUUCAUCUAUCUUCUCUUCGCUUAUCUGGGCUACGCGUGCUUCCACGGACAACCGCCAAGCGACAUCCUGACGGGCUUUGACGCCAACGACACGCUCAUCAACGGAGCUCGCCUAGCGCUGGGCAUCAGCAUGGUCUUGAAGACUCCCAUGACGUUCCAACCGUUGCGUCAACUCGUGGAGAUUUGCUGUCUAGGUCACGACCGAGAGAGUCUACCGUUCCGCACAGCCAUCACUGUAGCCUUUUUGCUGGUCGCGCACUUGUUCUCGAUGUCCUCACGCAACUUGGGCACCGUCAUGGCGUUCGUCGGCUCUGUCGCAGGUAACGUCCUUGCACUCACAGUCCCUGGACUCUUCUUGUAUGAGGUGUCACGUGGGUAUCUCGUGGAGCGCGACGCCUUCUACUCCCCGCGUCUAGCGCUCAUUUUUGCCUACGCUGGUGCCGUAUUCGCAGCCGCCUCGCUCACAUACCUUUCGUACAAUGCACUCAUUGGUUAAUGUGUACACAAAGCUCUCGUCACUGUAACUUUUAGACGCAGGACAGAGCAACAAGAACACCAAAAGCAACACAAUAUCAAAGACUCCCGUUUUAAGAUCUUGACGGUGCAGCAAACAGCACAGAAGCGGCCUUCGUCCUUGUCUU